AUGAUCUUCAUCCGGCAAGUCAAAGCCAAACCUGAACGACCGCUGGCCGACGUACUCCGCAAGUUCCAGCAACUUAUUGAGAGCGAACCCAGCUUAGGAGACCUGACAAACGGCAUGUUCAACGAGGUUCCCCGUGAUGGCUUCUACGGCCACGGCCUCAGUGGCCGGUACGAACGAGUCCGCGACUAUCAGCACAUGCUCGAGCUCUUCAACGAGGUGCCCGACUUGCCUCCGAGAUGGAACGAAAAGGCAUCAAAGGCGGCAUAG